GUUGGGCCCUGCACACCUGCACUCCUUGUACCGCCCCCAUGCUAUAUUCCGUUUGACUCUCAGGUGUGGACAAGGACUGAUCUGAGUGGUGACGGACUGAGGACAAACCAAGCAGGUUCAAUUCCUUACCCGUCUAAACGCGAGCUGGCAAAG